ACAACACUCGAGCUUAUUUUUUUCCGUCCACUUUCACGACUAAUUCUUUAGGUGGAGUCUUGGAUAAUGGAGACAGAGGAACUGUGAAGCCAUGAACCCAACCGAAACAUUGGCCGAAUACAAGCAGCAGAAAAUAUGUAUAAGAGAAGAGAGCUGAGAAGCCCAAGAGAACUGUACAUGUAUUGAUUCGAUAUUUGGUAUCUCAUCCACAGACUCGAGAUAGAUGGCAGGUCACAGCACUGUAUACACAGUAGACGAAGCACUUAUUGACUUAGGUUUUGGCAAAUUCCAAGGUCUUGUGCUUGUUUAUGCUGGACUUGGUUCAAUUUCAGAGGCCAUGGAAGUGAUGAUUCUCUCUUUUAUAGGACCAGCAGUUAAGUCCCAGUGGGGACUCUCUUCUACCCAAGAGAGCCUAAUCACAAUAGUGGUUUUUGCUGGCAUGUUAAUUGGAGCUUAUUCAUGGGGCAUUAUAUCAGAUAGCUAUGGAAGGAGGAAGGGUCUUCUCAGUAUAGCUUUAGUGACUUCUGGAGCUGGGUUUUUUAGUGCUUUUUCCCCAAAUUAUAUAUCAUUAGUCAUCAUCCGUUGGUUGGUUGGCAUUGGUUUGGGUGGUGGGCCUGUGUACUCAACUUGGUUUCUAGAGUUUGUUCCUGUUCCAAACAGAGGCAAAUGGAUGGUAAUCUUUUCAACCUUCUGGACAGUUGGAACAAUACUUGAGGCUUCACUUGCAUGGAUUGUCAUGCCAAGAUUGGGUUGGAGGUGGCUACUUGCACUAUCUUCUGUACCAUCUUUUUUGGCGCUUCUCUUUUAUAGUCUUACUCCAGAGUCUCCAAGGUAUCUAUGUAUGAAAGGUAGAACUACUGAUGCCCAUAGUGUGCUGAAAAAAGUUGAAAUACUCAACCAAACGAGACUGCCUCCUGGAUUGCUUGUUUCUGAUCGAAUGAUUGAGUUGGCUGAAGAAGUUGCUCCAUCAGAAGAUUCACAGUUACUCUCCUCAACAAGAAACAAGAGCAUGGUUUCUGAGACAGGCUUCUCAUCGCUGCUCAUGCUUUUCUCAUCAGAAUUAAUUACAACAACCCUUCUUCUUUGGGUUGUAUUCUUUGGAAAUGCAUUUCUGUACUAUGGUGUUAUAUUACUGACCUCGGAGCUGAGUAGUGGGCAAAACAAAUUUAGCUUGAGUACCGUGCGUUCAAACUAUUCAGAGGACGAUGGCCUCUAUCUGGAUGUAUUUGUCACUAGUUUGGCAGAGCUUCCUGGAAUUGUUUUAUCAGCAGUUAUUGUGGACAGAAUUGGUCGCAGGCUUUCCAUGGGAAUUAUGUUUAUGUUAGGUUGCAUCUUCCUUCUACCAUUGGUUUUACAACAGCAUGAGAUAUUAACCACAGCUUUAUUAUUUGGAGCCCGUAUGUGCUUCAUGGGAACUUUCACAGUUGCAUAUAUUUAUGCUCCAGAGAUAUAUCCAACCUCUGUGAGGACAACUGGUUUAGGAGUUGCAAGUGCUGUUGGAAGAAUUGGUGGCAUGAUAUGCCCCCUUGUGGCAGUUGGAUUGGUGACUGGUUACCAUCAAACAGCUGCAAUUAUUCUAUUUGAGGUUGUAAUAGUUAUUUCAGGACUCUGUGUUUUGCGCCUCCCAUUGGAAACCAAGGGACGUGGAUUGACUGACACUGUUGCUGUAUCUAGUUCAAGUUAUUUGGUUAAUCGAGAAGUUUGUGCAGUUGUGCCCUUCCACAUGGUAAAAGGAGUGCCGAACUUUUCUUUGUAGCUGCCCGUAAAGAUGCAGGUUUUGGCAAUGCCAAACAAAGGAUGAGUGGAUGACUGAUUAUGCGAUACUCAAAUAACCAGCAUCUGGGAUUAAGAAAUUACCUGUGUACAACUUUCGAUGAUUGAUGAACGAGGCUAUUUUGACGAGCUGAUGAAAGUCAUAGAAGCUGACAAUCGUAAUCCAUUUAGUUCCUUGUAAUAUCGUUGUGUUCAUUUCAAGGCACUAAAUGGAGAAACAAAAUUAGUUCACAUCAAGUAGCACUGGUACAUAUUUAGGGAAAAGGACACUUUGGUCCUUUGAAGACUAUGAAAAAUGAAAGUUACUGCUUUUGUAAUUACUUUUGAAUUUUGAUUUUAUUUUAUUACUUAUUUUUGUA